AUGGCACUAUCAUAUGAAGAACAGAGAAUACAAAAUAUCAAGGAUAAUGAAGCACUCCUUCUUUCGUUGGGACUCGGAGCACCCUCCAUGCCUAAAGCACCUUCUAAGAAAGUCUUACCAAAGAAGAAAAACGAUGAUGAUUCUACAUUCAAACUUGAAAAACCGACUCGAGAAAUCAAACCCAAAUCGAAACCUGUAGUCAGAACUGCAGAUUUGAUCGACGGUGAAAUUGACACAUCUACUGAUGGGCUUAGGAGAAGUACCCGAUCUAGUAGUAGGACUACGAACGGAACCAAACCGGACUAUACAGGUGAUUCCCCGUUGUAUAGAGAAGACGUCAAACCUACGUUAUCCAGGUCAAGCUCUAAGAGAAAAAGGCAAGAUGAGGAUGAUGAAGAUGCUGAGAUUGACGAAGAGGAGAACAGGUGGAAGUUGAGAAAAGCUCAGAAACUAGGCAUAAGGACUGAAGAUCCAAAACAAUUCGGUCACAUACCUGGUGUGGAAGUAGGUAGAUGUUGGGCGACAAGGAUGGAUUGUUCUACAGAUGCUGUACAUGCUCCAACGGUAGCAGGAAUAUCCGGUAAUGCUCAAGAAGGAGCUUGGAGUGUAGCUUUAUCAGGUGGAUAUCCAGAUGAUGUUGAUCUAGGAUACGCAUUUACCUACACCGGAUCGGGUGGAAGAGACUUGAAAGGGACUAAGCAGAAUCCCAAGAACCUGAGGACCGCGGAACAAUCUUAUGAUCAGAGUUUCGAUAACACUUUCAAUGCUGCUCUCAAAAAAUCGUCCGAAACCCGUAAACCAGUAAGAGUCAUACGAGGCUACAAACUUCCCUCGGUAUACGCUCCAGUCGAAGGAUAUCGAUAUGACGGAUUAUACAUCGUCGAGAAAGCUUGGAUGGCCAAGGGCUUGACAAAGGGGUUGAUGGUCUGUAGAUAUGCUUUCAAAAGGGUGGACGGACAACCCGAGCUGCCUGUGAGGGUUGAUGAUGAAGAGGGCGAGGAAGUGGCCCAGGAAGAAAAAGAAGCCAAAAUCUUGGUCGAAUCUGCUAUUCAGAAUAUCAACGCAGAUGAUGAGAAGAUAUCGAUCGAAAAGACGAUAGAGGAAAAGGCUAGCGACAAGUCAAUUAAAGAGCUUGUUAUUGAUGAGAGAGAAACUGUCGAACAGAUUAUAGCUUAA